AUGCGCACGAAGCUGCCGCGCCACGCGUACUUCGCGCGCACCGCUCGCACCAGGUGCAGGUGUUUGAGAGUUCUGCCAGGGGAAGAGGCGCACGAAGCCGCCGCGCCACGCGUACUGCGCGCGCACCGCCGGCACCAGGUGCAGGUGUUUGAGUGUGUACUGACCGAGGUACUGCGCGUACUUCUGCCAGGAGUUCUGCGAGGGGAAGAUCCGCACGAAGCCGCUGCGCCGUGCGUACUGCGCGCGCACCGCCCACACCAGGUGCAGGUGUGUGAGCGUGUACUGACCGAGGUACUGUGCGUACCUCUGCCAGGAGUUCUGCGAGGGGAAGAUGCGCACGAAGCCGCCGUGGCACUCAUACUGCGCGCGCACCGCUCGCACCAGGUGCAGUUGUUUGAGUGUGUACUGACCGAGGUACUGCGCGUACUUCUACCAGGAGUUCUGCGAGGAGAAGAUGCGCACGAAGCCGCCGCGCCACGCGUACUUCGCGCGCACCACCCGCACCAGGUGCAGGUGUUUGAGUGUGUACUGACCGAGGUACUGCGCGUACUUCUACCAGGAGUUCUGCGAGGGGAAGAUGCGCACGAAGCCGCCGCGCCACGCGUACUGCGCGCGCACCGCCGGCACCAGGUGCAGGUGUUUGAGUGUGUACUGACCGAGGUACUGCGCGUACUUCUGCCAGGAGUUCUGCGAGGGGAAGAUGCGCACGAAGCCGCUGCGCCGUGCGUACUGCGCGCGCACCGCCCGCACCAGAUGCAGGUGUUUGAGUGCGUGUACUGA